GCCAGGGCGGCGCGCGGGCGCCGGGAAGGAGCGGCGGCCAUGAGCGCGGUGCUGGACGUGCUGUGGGAGGACAGAGAUGUCCGCUUCGACAUCUCCCCGCAACAAAUGAAAAUGAGACCUGGUGAGGUCCUUAUAGACUGCUUAGAGUCUGUUGAAGAUACCAAAGGAAACAAUGGAGACAGAGGUAAACUGCUCGUGACUAAUUUGCGGAUUAUUUGGCGCUCGUUGUCGUUGCCCAGAGUGAAUCUCUCUGUUGGUUACAACUGCGUUAUAAACAUAACUACAAGAACUGCCAAUUCGAAAUUACGAGGGCAGACAGAAGCUCUGUAUAUAUUGACUAAAUGUAACAACACACGGUUUGAGUUCAUAUUUACCAAUGUUGUCCCCGGGAGUCCCAGACUCUUCACUUCAGUUAUUGCUGUACACAGAGCUUAUGAAACUUCUAAAAUGUAUCGUGAUCUGAAGCUGAGAAGUGCUUUGAUUCAAAACAAGCAACUGAGAUUGUUACCACAAGAACAAAUAUAUAGUAAAAUCAAUGGAAUUUGGAAUUUAUCAAGUGACCAGGGAAAUUUGGGAACAUUUUUUAUUACUAAUGUGAGAAUAGUUUGGCAUGCAAAUAUGAAUGACAGCUUUAAUGUCAGCAUACCAUAUCUACAAAUUCGCUCAGUAAAAAUAAGAGACUCAAAGUUUGGCUUGGCACUUGUGAUAGAGAGUUCUCAGCAGAGUGGAGGAUAUGUACUUGGUUUUAAAAUAGAGCCUGUGGAGAAACUACAGGAGGCAGUGAAAGAAAUUAAUUCACUUCACAGAGUUUAUUCAGCUAACCCUAUAUUUGGAGUGGAUUAUGAAAUGGAAGAAAAGCCUCAACCUCUUGAAGACCUAACAGUGGAGCAGGUUCAGGAUGAUGUGGAAAUAGAAUCUGAACAAACAGAUGCUUUUGUGGCUUACUUUGCUGAUGAAAACAAGCAACAUGAUGGGGAACCUGUUUUUUCAGAAGAACUAGGACUUGCAAUAGAGAAGCUAAAGGACGGAUUCACACUCCAGGGACUCUGGGAAGUAAUGACCUGAUUUAAAAUGGCAAAAGUUUAUUUCCUAAGCAAGGAAAGAUACCCAGUUCUUACUGGGCUUGUGAGAUCUGUAGAAGACAAUUUAGAAAUACUAGACUAGCAGAGAAAGAACAUGCCAGAGCUAAGGAGCAGAAAAAUAUGAGAUAUUAUGCCCUCAGGGUAUGUCGAAAGGAAAAAUUAUUCAAAACCUUGGUAUUUGUAAAAGCUUUGUAUUUAUUACAUUGUGUCUGUAGGUAGCAGGAGGACAACCACUGUCCAUAAUUGGCAGUCAUGGGUUCCACAUGCCACAGAGGUCUCAUCCUGCCUCUGGUCCCAGGGUGUGAGGACCCCUGAAGUCCCUCCUGUGUCCAGCUAUCAGGACCUGGCAGUCCCACCCCACAGCAGCUGCCAUUGUACUUCAGCCGCCCGCACGGGAAGUUUCCUGCCCCGCGCUUUCACACAGCUCGGUGGUUGGCUGGUGGUGGGUUUUGACACACUCACACCCUGGUGUUUUCAGGCAUGUGAUUGGAAGGACCAGCCAUCCCAUUCUGCUUCCCCCAGAAGGGUGGCAGAGCAGGAGCCCCCUCCCCUAACAACCCAGGGUCUGCCAUGGUGCUUCAGUCAGCACUUUAUGGCAGGGAGCCACCUUUCUUUUUUUUUUAAUUAUUUUUUUUUUUCAACUUCCUGACCAAUGAUGUGUUUACAUGGUGCCCUGUGAUUGGCUGCCAGGACCAGUCACCCCCUGCUAUUACACCUGCAAGUAUGUCUGAAAAGGAAGCUCCCUCUUCCUACCUACAUGGAGGCCACCAUUUGUGAUAAGGCACUGUCUGGUAUAUAAUUUAAUGCUCAUUUGAAUGUAUUCCUGUACUUAUACAGGAAUACUUAUACACAGUGAUGUACUUUCCCAUAGUGCUGACAUCUAAAUCAAAUUUCCAUAACUUGUUUAAUGUUGUGCAACACAGAAACAUUAUUGUGUGCAGAUUAUUUUGCAUGUAGGUAUAUUGGCAGUGUUAUUGCAGCAGUGCUGUGUUAGUGAACAUUUUGACCAAAAGCAAUCCUGUUCCAAAUGUUAGUUCUGAUGUCUCGUAAUUUUGUUAAAUGUUGAACAUAUUCCAGGUACUUAAUUGUAAUCCAGAUAUCCUCAUACUUUUUCUUUCUUUGUUGUUAUUGUUGUUUGUUUGGCUUGAGCACUUUUUUAAGGAAUGAUCUACCAAAAAAUGCACACACAAAUAGGUUCUGUGUCUGAGUUAUUACACCUUUAUGAUGUUAUGUGUAGAGAGAAAUGAGUCAUUUAUUCUUUAAAGGAAGAUGCAGCUGUUACGUUUUCUAGUGAGGUAAGACCUCUGUGCUAUUUUCUAUAAGUGGAAAAAGUCAAAUGAGCUCUCCUCUCAGCUGUUGUUCUAGCAGCUGACUUAUAGUCAAGUAACUGGUAUGAAUAUAAUUGUGUUUGUAGAAAAUCUUUCAAGGUAUGUGUUUUAAUGAAAUACUACAUCUAUGGAAAAGCAGUCAUUAUUUCAAUAAACUUUGACAGUGUUAUACUU